AAAGUGAAUGUCUUUUGUCGACAGGAAUGCAAGCCAUUUGACAACAGUAAUGGCGUAUAUGAGAAGGCGCCACAACGACCACGAAGACAGCAAAUCUAUAAACAGCGGAAUUGUGUUCUCAAAUAACUGGACAUCAAACAGAUUUUCUUUUCCUGAUAUUACUGCGUACACGGGAGAAAUAGAUAGAAACUGCAGUGAUUUUAAACAUGAGUUUGGCGAUGACAAGGAUUGCAUCGCGUAUGCUUCGGCCUUCUUUGAUGAAGAGAUAGAUGAACUCCCACAUGAAUCAUCAAAGACUGAACCCACCAAGCAACCAGACAGCAUCCAUACAUCAUUUAGACAGCAUCUAAGCACCAUACCAAGCAUCCAGACUGCAUCCAGGCACAUCACCAAGCAACCAGAGAGCAUACAAUCACCACACCAAGCAACCUGACAGCAUCCAAGCAACCAGACAUCAUCCAGGCACGACACCUAGCAACCAGACAUCAUCCAGGCACCACACCUAGCAACCAGACAUCAUCCAGGCACCACACCUAGCAACCAGACAUCAUCCAGGCACCACACCAAGCAACCAGACAUCAUCCAGGCACCACACCUAGCAACCAGACAUCAUCCAGGUACCACACCAAGCAACCAGACAUCAUCCAGGCACCACACCUAGCAACCAGACAUCCAGGUACAACACCUAGCAACCAGACAUCAUCCAGGCACCACACCUAGCAACCAGACAUCAUCCAGGCACCACACCUAGCAACCAGACAGCAUCCAGGUACCACACUAAGCAACCAGACAUCAUCCAGGCACCACACUUAGCAACCAGACAUAAUCCAGACACCACAUCAAAUUAAUGGAGGUUCUGAUGAUCCUUGAUGUAAUCAGUGGAGGUCUAACCAAUCUAUUCCCUUAUGACCCUGAAGCAUGAAAGACUGGGUAGGAAGAAGAACAAAAGGGAGAAAAUGGUAAAGGAGACGAGAGAGAGAAGGAAAGAGUAGAUGUCAUCCAAUCACGCUGAUGUUCCUUGAGAUAAGGAGAGAAAUUCCCCCGCCCCCCCCUACUCAGUGUUUAGGGUACGCCUAUAUGCUCGUUCCCUCCCUUUGAAAGCACCCCCCCCUAUCGAAGGUCUUCCAAAUUUCUGAACCCCCCCCCCUUUCGAGGGCUUUUCGCGGGCUUUUUUUUGCUUUGGAGACCCCCCUAAAUCCGAAAAACUGCCCAAUGUACCCCCUAUUUCAGGUGAGCUCUCAUUUCAACAAAAGGUCCGUACUUUACUUUUCAAAAUGAAAUAAUCCGGAAUGAGCUUUCAAAACUAGCAGGAAUUUGAUGCCGGGAUUUGAUCAAUUUUCUAUGUUAUUCAAGAUAUUCUAUAUAACCCCCUUUUAAAAUUUCUCAGGAGUCCAAAGAGAGAGAUAAAAAACACCCCCUUUUUUAAAGAAAUCU